AGGAGACUGGAGUUUGCAGCCUCCUCGGAUCAGUCAAGUCCUUUCGGUCGCAGCCGCACAUCACUGCCAGACAAAGGUCUCAGGACAAUGAUGGAGCUAAUGAGCGUGACACCUUACUAUGACAUCAACAGUUCAGAAGCCACCAUCAUGAACGGCACGAUGUAUGAGGACGACGAGUAUGACUACAAGGACGACCACGCUGAGCUGAGGCAGUCCCUCAACAUCAUGUCUCUCAUCGUUUACUGCCUGGCUUUCGUCCUCGGCGUGCUGGGCAACGGUGUGGUUAUCUGGGUAACUGGAUUCAAGAUGAAGAAAACGGUCAACACAGUCUGGUUCCUCAACCUCGCCGUGGCCGACUUCCUCUUCACGGCAUUCCUUCCUCUGAGCGUGACUUACACAGCUAUGGAUUUCCACUGGCCAUUCGGCAAGUUCAUGUGCAAGCUGAACAGCACCAUCAGCUUCCUCAACAUGUUUGCCAGUGUCUACAUCCUGAUGGUGAUCAGCAUUGACAGAUGCGUGUCGGUGGUGUGGCCCGUUUGGGCUCAGAACUACAGAAGUGUCCAGAAGGCGUCCUGUGUGAGCCUUGGCGUUUGGGUGGUGGCUCUGAUUCUGAGCACUCCAUACUUCAUCUUCAGGGACACUGGACCAUCGUAUAACAAUGAAGAAAUCAUCAACUGCUUCAACAACUUUGCCUUCUCUGACGACUAUGUCACGCCUCAUGUGACCCAGCUGCGAUUUUUCCGCCAUCAGGCCAUGACCAUAACUCGCUUCUUUCUGGGUUUUGUUGUCCCGUUCACCGUCAUCGUCUCCUGCUACGCUGUGAUAAUCCAUCGCCUCCGCAGGAAUCGAACCCUCGCCAGCCAAUCAAGUCGCCCAUUUAAGAUCAUCGCUGCCGUUAUUGCCACUUUUUUCCUAUGCUGGGCUCCCUAUCACAUCUUGGCUCUGAUUGAGCUGGUGAAUCACAUGUCUUUUUACGAGAGUGAUAUACUCGACCAUGUCAUCACUAUCGGAGUCCCCAUUGCCACCAGCCUGGCCUUUCUCAACAGUUGCCUCAAUCCACUGCUCUAUGUGUUCAUGGGCCAAGAUUUCAAGGAUAAAGUGCGUAAAUCCAUCCUCAAAGUACUUGAAACUGCUUUCCAGGAAGAGGUUUCCCGUUCAUACACUUAUACAAACUCAAUGGUCACCAGUCGAAGCAAAGAGAAGUCCGUCUCUGAAGCAGAGGUAUAAAACUCUCCAUCUUUGAGACUCUAAUUGUAUAUAGCCAGUGGAAUUGUAUAUGACAAAUAUCCACUGUAUUCCCUUCCAUUUCCAUUGACUAUGUUUACAUGCACACACUAUUCCUGUAGCAAUGGAAUAAAGGUAAUUUUACGGUUAUUAAAAAACAGAUUUGGAUCUGAAUAGUAAGUCAUAUAAACAUGUGAAGUGGUAAAACUGAAUAUUGGUAUUCCACAUGGUCACCGCUCAGAUUGCAAAGGAUUGUGGGAUUUGUUUGAGUCCAGCAUGUUGUUGACCAGCGGUGGUAGAGAUUUACAUUUCUGGGGUGAGGAGGAAACAAAUAUACUUCACUAUUAUGGAGUGAUCUAUGGGAACAGUGAUAUUUUUUUGAAAAACUUAAAUAAACUGCUUUAUUCAGCACAAUUGAUCAAGUAAAGCACCGAUGGAAACUACUUUAAUCAGAUGAGACAUAACAGAGCCUAUCAUGCCACGAAAGAAAACGUAAGCACUUUGUUUUCAUACCAAAUUGAUUAACCACUAAAUGCACAACUUGCAAGUUUGCACAGCACCAUGGCAACACGCAUUUGCAGCCAUGAAACAUGCAAGAAAAGAAAAGAAAAUGUAACCAAGGGCAAGUAUUUUAUUUUCGGGGUCCAACAAAAUAUAUUUGGUUUUGACAUCAUGACGUUAUUACCAAAAUAUUUGGAAUAUGAUGAUUGCUUUUGUCUGUGUCUACAGUGUACUUGGGUUCCUUGAAAGGCGCUUACAAAUAAAAUGCAUUAUUAUUAUUAUUAUUGUUAUUAUUAUUAACAUGUACAGGAAUAUUCUUAUCACUUGUCAGUGCAAACACCUUAUAUGAACCUUAACCGGAAUAAUGUGUGCAUGUAAAGUAGUGACUGCCUCAUCCUCUGGCUGUUACUAAUCCACACCUACAACACCCAUAUUGACCCCUAUAUAAGACGGUAUUUUUUUCCCCAGAAGAAAGUCUGAAAAAGAGGGCUCUCGAGAUUUACUGUUAUAUGCAAAUCUACGAGUGGGGUGGGAAUUACUUCUCUACAGGCUUUCCUUCCUGUCACACACAUCUGUGCAAGUUAGCAAACAACAGAGGAGUUAUGAUACAAAUUUUAGAUAUAGAUAUUGGAAAUCAAUGAAGCAGAAUCCGCAACUCAGAAAUCGUAUAUUCUUUUUUUAUUGUAAUCUACCAUUUCUUAUUUUACUCAUAUUUCAAACAACGAUUAAUUUUCAUAUUCAGUAUUUUUCCAAAAAUGGGCCGUCUUAUGUUCAGGUCAAUAUUUUAUUUACAGUUUGAUUAAGCUGACUGGUCAAAAUAUCGUAACCAAGCUGUGAUGCAUCUUGAAAUGUGUGUGUUUUUUGUAUUAUGAGCAGUGCAGCAUUGUCCGCCAAUAUGAAUGCUAAUUACGCUUAAGACUGGCAAUGAGUUGGCAUGGGAAAUUAUUAUUCUGUACUUACUUAUGUACAGUAUUUCCAACAUACAGUAGGAACUAAAAAUAAGGUGCAGAAGGAUGCGCUUCACAGAAUUUCACUUAGCCAAGUGGUCAGUGAACAUUUCUUUAUUCAUAGGGCACAUUUAUAUAGUACAGUGUGGAAACAACACUUACUGUAAAAUAAUAAUUGUCAUUUCACAAGCCCUUCUUGAAGGUAAUUAUACAUACUGUAUUAACAGUCAAUAACCAUACUCUGCACAGUUAUACACUGUGUGGAUAUAGAAUGGAUAUAGACUCCAAUAUGUCUCGUAAAUGCUUUUGUUUGUUACGUACAUGGAUUUGUUAAUAUGAUUCCAGUACUAAAUGUAAACAAACUACUGUAAAUGCAUGUGGUAGUUACUACUUUACAGGCAUGUUCCUUCUAUUUGGGAAGGCUGCAGAAUACAUUUAAUUUGGUCCAUUUGCCCCUGUUUGUAAUUUCCACCUGUGAUUGUCCAAUGUUUUACUCAUGAAACUGUUUUGUAUUGGUUGUUUGUUAAGGCCUGCUCGUGUGUACACACUGCCUUGUUUUUCUACUAAAGCCGGUUUCUAAAUGUAAAAAAGUGUAAAUGCUGAAUACAGUA